ACCAAGGCAUCAAGACAGCUGCCCUGUCGCUGCUUUCCUGACCGCUAAGCUAGCUUGUUAACGACACCAAAAAGCUCCGGCGGUAUCUCGGAGAAUGUAAUGACUGAACACACCGUUGUUUCAGUUAAUAGUCUCGGUAUCCGCUGGUAUUCUUCUUUUCAUUUUCACUACAUGUCCUGUGUUCCUGUUUAGGACCGUCUUUUGAAUAUACGAGGCACUGAUGCUGCCUAAAUGAGCUAACCUCUCAACUCUCUUCAAAGACAAAAGCAACAUUUUACUGAGACCUGAGGCGGAAGUCGAUGCUGGACAACCACUUUGCACCACCAAACACACGAGGAUGGUUACUGCAGCAGUGGAAGCAGCUCACCUACACUGAGGCGUCACCUUCCAAAACAGUUGCUAGGUCUGAAAGAAUCAAGUUGAUACCUGGUUGCGGAUGUCUCGUCGCCUGCCUCUGAGUUCGGAGGCUAGCUGGAGUUGGGAGGAGAGUCCUCAGGAACAGCAAUGAUGCGGGCUUCAGUGGCAGGCUGCAGGAUGAGCAUGGGUGCUCUCCUUAAUGGGCUGCUGGUCUCUGUAGUUGCAGCUUUGCUUUGGAAGUACUCAAAGUUGAGUGAGCAUGCUGCUCUGCUGGAGGAAGAACUGCACAUGACAAGGCAGUCCCAGGAGCUCUCACAGGCUCGUAUCGACUACCAUGUAGCCCUACAGGCUCUUCAGGAACAUGGCACACGCAUGGUCUGCACUGGCAAGAUGCACACCGACCGCAUCUGCCGAUUUGACUAUUUAUGCUACUGCUCCGAGGCAGAGGAGUUUGUGUUCUUUCACUCUAAUUCCUCUGUCAUGUUGCCUAACCUGGGGUCUAGGCGCUUCCAACCUGCCUUGUUGGACUUGUCCUCAGUAGAGGAUCACAACACCCAGUACUUCAACUUUUUAGAGCUCCCAGCUGCUACUUUGAAGUUUAUGCCCAAACCAGUGUUUGUACCUGAUGUGACGCUUAUCCUAAACCGGUUCAAUCCAGACAACCUAAUGCAUGUGUUCCACGAUGACCUGCUCCCAGCCUUCUAUACUAUGAAACAGUAUUCCGACUUGGAUGAUGAGGCUCGUUUGGUUUUUAUGGAGGGCUGGGGUGAAGGCCCACACUUUGACCUCUACAGACUUCUUAGCAGCAAGCAGCCACUGCUCAAAGAACAGCUUAGAAACUUUGGCAAGCUCAUGUGUUUUACAAAAUCUUAUGUUGGCUUGUCCAAGAUGACCACCUGGUACCAGUACGGUUUUGUCCAGCCACAGGGGCCCAAAGCCAACAUGUUGGUCUCAGGAAACGAGAUCCGGCAGUUUGCCAGAGCUCUGAUGGAGAAAAUGAACAUCACAGGGGUGGAGGAAGUGGAGAAGGAUGGAGCAAGUGGUGAAGGUGAGAAGGAGAAAGAGAAGAAGGAUGCAUACAUUGUUGUGUUUAGUCGUUCAACAACGAGGCUGAUACUGAAUGAAGAGGAGCUGAUCAUGGCACUGGCCCAGGAGUUCCAGAUGAGAGUGGUCACCAUAUCCCUGGAGGAACAGACUUUCCCAAGUAUCAUCCAGGUGAUAAGUGGUGCUACCAUGUUAGUCAGUAUGCAUGGAGCUCAGCUUAUCACCUCACUCUUCCUCCCCAGAGGAGCUGCUGUGGUGGAGCUGUUCCCCUUUGCUGUCAACCCAGAGCAGUACACUCCGUAUAAAACCCUCGCCUCCCUUCCAGGCAUGGACCUUCACUAUGUCUCUUGGAGGAACACUAAGGAGGAGAACACCAUCCCCCACCCAGACAGACCCUGGGAACAAGGGGGUAUUGCUCACUUGGAGAAGGAGGAGCAAGAGCGAAUACUAGCGAGCAAAGAUGUCCCCAGGCACCUGUGCUGCCGUAACCCAGAGUGGCUCUUCCGGAUCUACCAAGACACGUUGGUGGACAUCCCUUCCUUCCUGGAAGUCCUCAAAGAGGGCAUGAAGUCAAAGCCCAGCUUGAAGAAGUCAAAGCCAGCCAGCACAGUACACCCAGGCCGAGUCAGAGACGCUCAGUGUCAGACCUCAGUACAAACCAGUAACGAGGCUAAACUCACAGUUUCCUGGCAGAUUCCGUGGAAUCUGAAAUACCUGAAAGUCAGAGAGGUAAAGUAUGAGGUGUGGAUCCAGGAGCAGGGAGAGAACACAUACAUGCCUUAUAUACUUCCUCAGCAGAACUACACUUUCUCAGACAACAUUAAGCCCUUCACCACUUACCUUGUGUGGGUCAGGUGUAUCUUCAACAAAAACCUCUUGGGCCCCUUUGCUGAUGUUCUCAUGUGCCGGACUUAGUACAAACAGCUUGACUUGGCUGCUGUGCAGUUUUACACAAAAGUUGAGUCAUAGUUGUUCCAGACAAUCAAACUGGAAAUGUGAACUGUUGGACUACAGUCAGAAAUGUGAUAUCUCUGCAGUUCUAGAAUGGGCUGCUGAACUCCUGCACAGUGAUGUGUCCUUGGCCAGCACAGAGAGUAUUUUAGCAGACAUCUAGAUGAACUGCAAAGGACUUGAACAACAGGGUCAGAACGCAACAGGUUAAAUGAAUGAAAAGACACUGCUAAACAAUGAAUCUACUGAAAAUAUCAGAUUUAAAAUCAGAAGAUUUAUUUAUGUGCAACAUAAUAUAUAAGAUGUUUUUUAGUAUUAGUCCAAACACUGGUUCUUUACAUUAUACAGUAUGCAAUAUGGCUUUUCUGUGGAGAGCAAGAGAAAUUUUAGAAUAGUAAGGUUUUUAUGUUUUCUGACUCAUCCAACAUCAGUGUGAUACCUGUGUAGCUUAGUUUACAUACCAGUUGCUAAAUUACAUCCACUGUUAUUUGCAUAACCUAAACAACCAAAGCAACUUUUUACACAUAGUUUCAGCCAGUCGUCAUUCAUGGUACAUUCGUUUCUCAAUAUCUCAAACUAAUGUUUGCUCAGAAUUAUACAGUUCUCCACCCUGUUCCUAAGGUCAUUGUGAAGUGUAAAAGAAAGGUCAGGCAAGAUUAUCAUGAAUGUCACAGUACUCAGUGUCUCUGACCCUAAUGCAGAGAUCUUUGUAAUUUAAAACAUAUAUGGAUGAAACCUUUUAACAAAAUUAAAAUGAUUUCUGUAUGUGUUACAACACACAAGUGUUGUUUCCGCAGUGCCCCACUGCAACAGUUUACAUCCAUUUUACUGCAUGAAUAAAUUAUCUUUCUCUAAUUGGCACUAAUUACAACUGUAAAAGAUUCUGUGGAGAGUGAAUCUAUUACAUCAGGCUAAUUAGUGUAAAUGAUUUCCUUCCUGUAAGCAGCAGUUUGCUGCUGGACAGUUAUAUUUUACUGCCUUGUUUAAAAUCAUUUUCAUUAAGAUAACAAGGUAUGUUGCUGCCUAGGAUUCCACUGCCUUGUGUAAAGCUCUUUAAUUAACGUAAAAUUCUCUGCCAUAAGUCAUUUUACUCUCCUCAGAGGCUUUCUAAACAAUAAGAAUUGUAAUGUUGGAAUUUACAUCCAAAGCUGUCUAUUGAAGUUGUGUUUGUGUCUUUUGCUGCUUGUGGGUGGCUAGACUGAAAAAAUGCAUUUACUUUUAGACACUUGAAUUGAAGGUGUUGAUUUGUGGUAAUAGACAUGUCGCAAGAGAUGGUUUAUUGAAUGGCACAAAGUUAAACAAAAAAUGCCACCAUCAUAUUCUGUUAUCUUGUGUCAUAAUUAAGAUGAUGUUAUGUACUUUUUCUUGGACUUUAUAUCUUUGACCAGUCAACAUUACAUUGUUUGAAUUCUGUCCCCUAUAAAGCUCCUUUUGAUUUGCCAUAUAUGUUUUGUUUUUUUUUUUCAUUUUUCACUUGACUUGUUUUUUUCAAAGUUUCCAGAUGCACAUUUAAGAGAUUAUUAGAGGCUAUUGUUUUGUGUACAAGAUGUUUUGGUUUUGAUAUUCAUGUUUGUGUUGUCGGUUAGAUUUGCUGUGUGCCCCUGCCCCAACCCGUGUGCUGAGUGAAAUGAGAGUGUACUAGUCUGUUUUCUACAUUAGUAAUAGUUUCUUUUUCAGUAACUGUGAAUAAAUAAAUUAGCUUAUUUCUUAACAACA